CUUUACGCACACAGUCCCUUUGUGUUUGCGCCUGCGGUUACGCAUGAUACAGGCGGCGCAGGUAUACAGAAAACCAUGGCUUGUGAUAUGUCAUUGUGUUCAUUGGCUCGUUGACUGUAAGGGAAAAUAUCACUCCGCGCCUGUAAUCAAGUUUGGGUGAUUGUGCACGAGGGGAAGUGGGGAGUAAACUUUCUGAGUUCUGUACCACUGAUUGGCGGUGUGGGGCUUUAGUAACCGAAAACUUGCACUCUAUUGGCUGACCAAAGUGCCAAUUAAAUGCUAACUCUUUCGUUUAGCAUAGACAGUAGCGUUAUCGUGCUCAGUAAAUAUCUUAGCCCUGAAAUCGCCAGAAGAAAUGCAAAAAAAAGUGACGGAUCACUUUUCACGUUUGGAAUACUUUGGAAUACUUUCCGGCAUAGAGGAACUAAUUCAUUUUGUGGACAUAUUUUCUUCACUGGAUUAUAUUCUCUGGACCUGUACGGACCAAAUGAGACCAACUUUCUGGGGAUAUGUGGAUGUUUGACAGAAUGAGAGCCCUCAAAAGUUUGAAAUGUGUUUGCAUGUUGAGCAACACCACAGCCAUCGCUGAGGCCUGGGCUCGACUGGACCACAAGUUUGACCUGAUGUACGCCAAGAGGGCCUUCGUGCACUGGUACGUGGGCGAGGGCAUGGAGGAGGGAGAGUUCUCCGAGGCCAGAGAGGACAUGGCUGCUCUGGAGAAGGAUUAUGAAGAGUUCUCCGAGGCCAGAGAGGACAUGGCUGCUCUGGAGAAGGAUUAUGAAGAGAUGUGUGUGUGGAGCUCUGACAUCUGAGGCUGUGUCUUGAUUUUUUUUUGUGUGUUUCACACAGUUCUCCGAGGCCAGAGAGGACAUGGCUGCUCUGGAGAAGGAUUAUGAAGAGGUGGGUUUGGACAGCGUCGAUGGAGAAGAAGAGGGAGAAGAAAAUUAAAUAGCUGUUGCAAAGUUUUGUAUUGUAUUGUUGUUAACUGGUUUUAAUCAAAAGUUUGAUUGCAUUUUAAAAGCUCUUUUGUAACGCAAAUGUUAUAAAUAAAUGAAUAAAUACAUAUUA